GGCCUAUCUGUUUGCUCUUUAGACCGGGGCAGGUGAGCGGAGCGCGGGCACAGGAACAAAAGGAGGCCAGUCCCAAACCCCAGAAAGGAGCCAUGAAGCUGAGUGACAAGGGCCCGGCCGCUGACAAGGACAGCGAUUCGGAGGAAAAGAAAUCGAAAUGGUCCCUCUGGCUCGUCGCGGCCUCUCUCCUGGGCGCCUUCGGCUCCUCCUUCCUGUACGGGUACAACCUCUCUGUGGUGAAUGCCCCCACUCCGUACAUCAAGGCCUUUUACAAUGAGACGUGGGAGAGAAGGCACGGACACCCGAUUGACCCCGACACACUGACGCUGCUCUGGUCGGUCACCGUGUCCAUAUUCGCCAUCGGCGGACUCGUGGGGACGUUAAUGGUGAAGCCGAUCGGAAGGUUUUGUGGGAGGAAGUGCACGUUGCUGGUCAACAACUUCUUCGCGAUCACGGCUGCGCUGCUGAUGGCCUUCUCUCUCCGGGCGGGCGCCUUCGAGAUGCUCAUCGUGGGCCGCUUCGUCAUGGGCGUGGAUGGAGGCAUCGCCCUCAGCGCGCUCCCCAUGUACCUGAGCGAGAUCUCGCCCAAGGAGAUCCGGGGCUCCCUGGGGCAGGUGACCGCCAUCUUCAUUUGCAUCGGGGUGUUCACCGGGCAGCUGCUGGGCCUGCCGGAGCUGCUGGGCAAGGAGAGCACCUGGCCAUACCUGUUUGGACUGAUCCUCGUCCCCGCCGCGAUCCAGCUGGUGUUCCUGCCCUUCUUCCCCGAGAGCCCGCGCUACCUGCUGUUUGAGAAGCACGACCAGGCGGCGGCCGAGAAAGCCUUCCGGACGUUCCUGGGCAAGGAGGACGUGUCCCGGGAGGUGGAGGAGGCCCUGGCCGAGGGCCGCGUGCAGAGGAACAUCCUCCUGGUGUCCACGCUGGAGCUGCUCCGGACCCGCUACGUCCGCUGGCAGGUCAUCACCGUGGUGGUCACCAUGGCCUGCUACCAGCUCUGCGGCCUCAACGCGAUUUGGUUCUACACCAACAGCAUCUUUGGGAAAGCAGGGAUCGCUCCGGAAAACAUCCCCUACAUCACCCUGAGCACCGGCGGCAUUGAGACCCUGGCUUCCAUCUUCUCUGGCCUGGUCAUCGAGCGCCUGGGGCGGAGACCCCUGCUCAUUGGUGGCUUCGGGCUGAUGACCCUCUUCUUCGGGAUCCUCACGGUGACGCUGACGCUGCAGGACAGGGCCCCCUGGAUCCCUUACCUGAGCAUCGUCUGCAUCCUGGCCAUCAUCGCGUCCUUCUGCAGCGGCCCAGGCGGCAUCCCCUUUGUCCUGACGGGCGAGUUCUUCCAGCAGUCCCAGCGGCCGGCCGCCUUCAUCGUGGCGGGCACUGUCAACUGGCUCUCCAACUUCGUCGUGGGCCUCGUCUUCCCCUUCAUCCAGAAAAGCCUGGGCACCUACUGCUUCCUGGUCUUUGCCUUCAUCUGCCUCGCGGGUGCUGUCUACUUAUUCAUUGUCCUCCCUGAGACCAAAAAUCGAACCCAUGCCGAAAUCAGCCAGGCAUUUGCCAAAAGGAACAAGGCCUACCCACCAGCAGAGAAGACAGACUCGGCCGUCGCCGACGACAAGGCCACAGACAGGCCGGAACCAGAGGCCUCCUCCACGCUGGACAAUCACGUCAAAAGUGGGAUUGUCUAAACCACGGGGGUGGGCGGGGCAGGACGGGGGUGAGACCUUUUUUCUGCCGAGGGCCACUCGGAUGUCUGUGACAUCGUCCUCAGGCCAUACAUACAGAAUCAUCCACUUAAAAACCAGCCUGUUCUAUUUGACCAAGCAUUUCAUUAGCACACCCCGGACACCUUGGCAGGGCUGGAGCACGUGGUUCCUGGGGUUUUAUGCAGCCUGCGGGCCGGAUGUUCCCCACCCCUGGUCCUCACGAUGGUCUCACCAUUUCAGAAAGCCAAAGAUCCCCCGACAUGUUGAACAUUAUGAAGUACUUAAAAGUGAAACUUUGCUCACUUAAUACUGCAACCAUGUGGGUUUCGUGCACGGCUGUGUCCCCCAGACUCUCCCAGAAGCUGGAAGCGGCCACCCUGUGUCUUAGCAGACCCCGCAUUCUCCUACACGGAUCCCCGGCCCGCCCUCUUCACACCUGAGCCCAGGGCUCCGAGUUGGAAUCGAGGAGCGGGCCCUCCGAUGCUUUCUGGGAGGAUCGCAGUGCCGUGGGGCACAGGCCUUGAGUCCCUGCUCUGCCUGCCGCAGCCAGGAGCUGCCACCGUCCGAUCCUGAGUCCCCAGGGAACCCAGGCCCGGGUCCUGGGCACAGAUGUUCAGGACUUAGGUAAAGGAUUUCUCAGACAACCUGGCAAAUGCCUGGUCCCCAUCUCUGGCCUGCCCUGUGGACCUCUGACUCAGAGGAGCCUGCUGCCAUCCCCACCCGGCUCUGCCUGCCUUGGCUGUCCCAUGGGGCUCAAGGCCGCCAGCCCUGAAACACAGUCACCUCUGAGGGCCAGAUGUGUCCAGAAACCAGAGAGAGGACCCCACAGUGAAGUCUCAGGAGGCCGAUGCAAGAAGUAACAUUUCGGUAGAUGGCACGCUUUUCCGUGGGAACCAUCAACAAUGUUAAGACUGGUUCUGCGGCUGCACAGAGUGGAGGGGAAGGACGCGGCGAUGGCCUGGUGCUGUCUGCCCCGCGUGUGCCUCGUGGCUGCCGAUCCUGGAAGAGAUGCCGCUGGAAGAUGGCGUGUGAGGCAGGGUUCCCAGAGGCACAGAAAUCUACACACACUCAGCUCAGGGUCUACAGGCUCAGCUCCAGGCCACCACGUAAAGCAAGUCUCAAUAAACGAGUCUCACACACACGUGGUUUCCUGGUGCACAUAAGAGUUAUUUUUACACCCUGUGGCGUCUAUCUUGUGUGCAAUUGCGUUAUGUCUGAAAUAUGUACAUACUUCAAUUAAAAGCUAUUUAUUG